GUGCCGCGCUCCUGCGAGCAAAGAUCCGGCGGGAGCGAGCGGGAAGAUGGCGGGCGCUUCGGUGCAGCUGUACAUGGAAUCACUCUGGGAGGAGCUGAAGGAGUAUCAGGAGCCGAGCGCGCUCGGGAUCGGCGUGGCCGUAGUGGCGGUGCUGCUCACCAUAGUUAUUUUCAUUCUGCUACGGAGCAGAAAGAGUAGUCGCAGAGCAGUGCUUCUGACUGGUUUGUGUGAUUCCGGGAAGACUCUCCUAUGCUGCAGGCUACUGUCAGGGAAGUUUAAAAUGACACAUACAUCUAUCACCAGUAACUCUGCAUUGUACAAAGUUAAAGGUGACAAGGCCCCUGCCGUUACUUUACACGAUCUUCCUGGUCACGAGAGUCUGCGUCAUCAAUAUUUGGAGAAACACAAGAACGAUGCCAGAGCUAUUGUCUUUGUAGUGGACAGCGUGUCGUUUCAAAAAGAAGUGAAGGAUGUUGCUGAAUUCCUCUACAUGUUGCUAACUGAUGCAGUGCUUGUGAAGAAUGCACCUCCAUUUCUAAUAGCUUGUAACAAGCAAGAUGUGACUAUGGCCAAAUCUGCAAAAUUAAUUCAACACCAACUGGAAAAGGAGCUAAACACUCUGCGGACAAUUCGCUCUGGUGCACCCAAGGCCUUGGAUGGAUCUGGCAUUGCUGGCUCGGUACCCUUAGGACGGAAGGGCAAAGAAUAUGACUUUUCCCAGGGACCGAUGAAGAUCGAGUUUGCAGAGUGCAGUGUGAGAGGGAACAAAGGAGAUGAAGGCGAGGCAGACAUUAGCGUUUUAGAAACAUGGCUUGUUAAAGUAGCAUGAAAGAAUGUCAAAGGGAACGUGACAUGCUGUCUGUGAAGACCAUGGAUACUUAAUGUUGACCUGUAAAAGUACUGAGAUUGUACAAUCCAGAAGUCAUACUUUUGAUGCUGAGGGUUUGGGGAAAAAAGCAGAUAUUGGCUGUGUGGUGCUUGCUGUGUAUGUCUACCUUGAGUUGAUCAUACUGAUAUUUCCUACAUUUAGGAAUAUUGAUGUUAUCCGUGCUUUUGUAUUGCUUGUUGUUAACUUGCCAACAACUCGUCUUGUUCAUUUGUAAGCAAAUAAAAUAAUGGAUAUAAACUGA